AUGAACGGGGAGACUUGCGUGUCCUAUUGCGAUAUGGCGAGUAUGGAUUCAUUUUAUAACUCAGCUCCCCAGGAGCAGCAGUCUCCCUUCCGAACAUUUCAGCCGAGUGACAAGUUUGGUCCCACCUUCCUGAACAACAAAGGCCAGAAUUAUGGGGAGAAGCCGAGGACCCCCUUCCAGCAGGAAUGCGAGCCAUUGGACAGCACUAUUCAAAACCCCAGCGCCGGCGAUAACGCAGUCUUUAACAAAUAUCUGUACAUGCAGGGAGCGGGCAGAGCUGCCAAAUCUCCGGCCCACACCAAGCUUCAAGAAAGCAGCCACAACGGCGCCUUGAUUCCCUGUUACGGUGACCUGUUCCAAUCUCCGACUAAGUGGAGGAAACGAGAACGCUUUGGACAGAUGCAGCAAGUCCGCAGUCAUUUCUCCACUGCCUAUGAAUUACCUAUUUUAACCAGGGAGAACUAUGCACAGAUACAAAACCCAUCUUGGAUUGGUAAUAAUGGUGCCUCCUCUCCUGUACCAGCUUGUGUUGUGCCCUGUGAAACGGUAACAUCUUGCAUGUCCCCACAUGCACAUGCACAUGCUCCAGGUGGGGUGUCUGACUUCCUGGGUGUUUCUGCCCCAGGCAGCCAUGUGGGACAGACACAUAUGGGUGGUCUCUUUGGCACCACUGGGCUCGGAGCUGCUAUCAACGCAUUUGACAUCAGUAAUGAACCAGAUCGAAAAUCGUCCAGCAUUGCAGCUUUAAGGAUGAAAGCCAAAGAGCACAGCGCUGCAAUAUCUUGGGCCACAUGACCGAUAUAACAGUAUAUAUUCAAACACUGAAAAUACUACAAUAUUACAUAAUGCUGGACUAAGGACAUAACGCAACAUGGAGAUUUAUA